GACAGACACCAGCGAGCCCGAAGUUUCUGGAGGAAACGAGACUUUUGUUUUAGCGGCAACUCGCACUAGUUUAGUCUGACAGCUAGUUAAAGUGUAGUUAGUGAAGCUAGUUAAGGCUCGCAGUGGGUUUGAACCGCCACCGGACGGCUAAGUUGUGCAGCCGCGCUGCUAGCUGAGCGGCUAACGGGGCGACGGCUCGUCUGUUUACUGAAUCUCGGCCGCUCCGUUCCUCCGUUCGGCUCUUUCCGCCUCCAUGGCUCACCUGGCCGGUAACGGACAGUAGCGACCCGGCGGCUCGAAGCGACCCCACCGGGGGGCGAGAGCCUCCAUGGGGACGCGGUUGUCUCGCAGCGGCAGCCGCAUGUCGCUCCUCCCGGACAGGCAGCGCUCCGACGGCCAGGCGGAGGACAGAGACUCCGACAACGACUCCCUGGACGGGCUCGGUCGGCGGGAGGACAUCGCCCGGUUCCCGUACGUGGAGUUCACCGGGAAGGACAGCAUAACGUGCCCGACGUGUCAGGGCACCGGGCGGAUACCUUCAGGCCAAGUCAAUGAACUGGUGGCGCUGAUCCCGUACAGCGACCAGCGGCUCCGGCCCCAAAGAACGAAGCAGUAUGUGGUGCUGUCGGUGGUGCUCUGCCUGCUGGCCUCCUCGCUGGUCGCCUUCUUCCUGUUCCCGCGCUCGGUGGUCGUGGUGGACGCCGGGAUACGCUCGGUGACGGUGCGCUUCGACCACGACAACACCAGGGUCCUCAUGAACAUGACGAGCACGCUCAACUUCAGCAACCCCAACUUCUUCUCGGUGCUGGUGCAGAGCGUCAGCUGCCAGGUGCUCUACAUGAGGACGGUGAUCGGCACCCAGCAGCUGGACAACGCUACCACCAUCAAGCCGCUCAGCACCAUCCAGGUGAACUACACGGUCAGCGUGGCCAUCGGCAGCAGCGCGCCGUACGUCUACGCCUUCUGCACCAUGCCCAGCAUCAAGGUGCACAACAUCGUCGUGUUCAUGCAAACGUCGGUGAAAACCUCGUACAUGGUGCGGACGUCCCAGAACAGCCUGGAGGCGUACCGCUACAUCGACUGCGGCUCCAACACCACCAAGCUCCAGAGCUCCGGCCCGGUGGACUCGGCCUCCUUCAACGCCCCGCUGCUCUGAGGCCUUUCCAGCCGAGGAGCGCACACUUCAGGAUGCAUUUUGCUCUUUGUUGCAGGAAAAACCAGCAGCAGCAGCAAAGAGGUGCUUUUUUUUUUUAAUCACAUGCAGAAGAGGGAACUGUUGAGCUGCUGCUGGGCAACAGAGCGACUGAAGGUGUGACCAGGAAGUGACCCGACAGCCUCAGUGUUACCUGCACAGCCUCACAAGUAGUUUUCCUUUGUAGGCUUCACCAAGUGAACUCAGCUCCUAAAGCUCUUCUCCAGCAACUCAUCAGGAGAGUUUUUUGCCACUGCAGCUGCUUUUGUGUGUUUUUAUUUAAGUGCCCGAGCUAACUCGAAACGGGCAAAAGUUCAGCAGUUGGUGCUGCUUCAGGCUCGCAGACGGUGAUUCAUGUUGACUCGGUGAGUCACCGCCAGCGAGCAGAACGGACCGACGUCACCGAAAGAUGUGUUUUGUUGAAGGGAAAAAGCUCCGCCUGCUGUCGGAGAGCAAGAAGAGGAUUCCUCAGCUCAGUCUGAACAAGUGUCGACCAAAAGCUACUCACGUUUGUUUAAAAAAAAAACAACCUGCUGCUUGUGUUUGACGUGCAGCUUCAGGACGCAUCGCUUGUUUUUGCACCUUUUGUUUCUAUUUGCUGUGUUUUCGAGUUAACAACGGAGUUUAUAUUUUUAAAAUGAACUUGCUAAGUUAUUUCAUCGGUACCUCUCUCCUCUCAGCAAAGUCGAAGCACACUGAGUGUUUUUUUUUUUUUUUAGAUUCAGGAGGGAAAUGAUGUUCUCAGAGGAGGUUUUCUAUGACUGAAAUGUUUCGUUUGUCACGAGUUCAAAGGGUCUUAAUCAUUUACACUCCAAGUUAAGUGACAAAAAAUAAGAAAUCAAGGGCUUUGAUGAUAUUUUCCCACCACCUGACCUCGUAGUAUGAGCUGCUGAACAUCUGCGUUCAGCGUUUUCUGUCCAGAUGUGCAGCAGCUGACCAGCAUCCUCAUGUUCACGUUGCCUUUUCCUCCGCCUGUGUGAUUUACUCACCUGAUGUGUGGGUUAGAAAAGCUUCUUUCACACCAGUAAACACGUGAAACUUCAUCAGGUUCGCAGUGCAAACUGGGAGCAAUAAGCGGUUUGGUUUUUAGUUUUUAAGGGACUGUUGUUGGACUAAUUUUAUGUGUGGUUUUAAAAUGCAGCUUCUGUUUUCAUGCUUUGGUUCUAGUUCUGGAAAUUAUUAAAGGGAAUAAAUAAAAUGACUAAUGAA